UCGUCUGGUUGCACCAUCACGAGCUUCGCUGACAUGGCCUCGGCCGUAAAGUCUUGCUCCCACUUGAUCCUCGACUCUAUCGCCGUCCCCGCAGGCAAGACCCUCGAUCUGAGCGGGACACCUGAAAACGCCGUUGUCGAAUUUCGAGGCACAACCACCUUUGGCUUUGCUGAGUGGAAAGGUCCGCUCAUCAGCUGGAAAAAUCCCGGAGCAAAUAGCUGGGUGGUCGGAGCUGAGGGGAAUAUGGUGAAUUGUGGCGGUGAGAGAUGGUGGGACGGGAAAGGUGGUCCGUCAGGGAAGGUCAAGCCUAGGGCUUUUGAUAUUGUGGGACCACGCGGGGGAGGAGUCAAGGGGCUGUACCUCAAGAAUACGCCCGUCGGAGCUAUUUCCGUCAACGGUGGCCACGACUUUACGAUCGUUGGCUGUACGAUUGACUCGGGGGAUGGUGACACCUUAGGGGCUAAGAACACGGAUGCCAUCGGCUUCUCAGCGAGCUCGGGCAUGCGCGUACUCAAUAACUACGUCCACAAUCAGGAUGACUGUGUCGUCGUUCUCACCUCUCAAGACACCAUCGUCGAGGGCAACAAAUGUGUCGCCUCGCACGGCAUCUCUCUCACGCCGAUGGAUUCGACCAUCAACGGCUUCCUCGCCCGCAACAACGUCAUCGAGGGCGGCGACUGUGGACUGCGCAUCAAGGCUCAGACUGGAAUGCGAAGCUCAGUGAGCAAUGCCUCCUUCGUCUCCAAUACACUCACCGACAUCAAGCAGUACGGCAUCGACGUUCAGUUCAACUAUCCGGCUCGUCCUGAGGACGCCGUCAAGUCCUCCUCUAGUAUCGAGACCUCCGGCUCAACCAUGAGCGGGAUCAGCUUCUCCGAUAUCACGGGCAAUGUGCAGGCUGGAGGCUAUCCUGUCGCUAUCGUGUGCGGAGAGGGUGCCUGCAAAGAUUGGAAGUGGGAGGGGGUGAGCAUUACAGGCGGGAAUAAGUUUCCCUGCGUAGGUGCACCUGCGGGGGCCGCGUGUUGA